UUUGUGAUCGGAGUAGUCUCGCACCGCGCGACCUCACCCGACGACGAACGUUCAAACUGGUUCGCUUUAAUUUGAGGAUUUCUUCUCAAUAGCAGUGUCUGCGAUUUGGUGUGUGGUCGUCCCAUCGUUACAAUGAACAAAGCGUAUAUCACUUUUGCGGUUGUCUUGGCGCUCUAUGCGAUUGCAGUCCGUUCUGAUAUUACGCCCGCAGAACAAUGCCCAGGUCAACACUUCGACGGCCUAGAAGAAAGGAUCCAGGUCGUGCCAUGCAGCAAGUCGCGGUGCAAGCUACGCAAGGGUACCAACACUACCGUCAUAUUUAAGUUCAAAACAGACAGCGUAGUGAACAAGCUCACGAACGACGUGUACGCGAUUAUAAGCGGCGUUCCACUGCCCUUCAUCGGCGUGUCGGGCGUGUCCGCCUGUCCGCACGUGCAACGCGCCGACAGCGGAGCCCCCGCGCCCUGCCCGCUGGAGCCCCACCAGGAGUACAUCUACACCAACCAGUUCCCCAUCCUGUCCUUUUAUCCGCCGGUGCCGCUGCGUGUACACUGGAGCCUCAACAACGGCACCGCAGACAUCGUUUGCUUCGAAGUACCCGCAGUCAUUACCAAGGCAUAAAAUAAUUAAGUACAGCUUGAUCGAGAAAAAUAAAAAACCAUGUCAUGUUACGGAAAAUGCAAGAACCAAUUUUUAUAAUCCGACAUAUAUCCACGUCUAUAUUAGUCAGUGCGUUAUCAACUGAGUCGUGAGGCCAAUAUAAAAUGUCCUAUGUCCUAACUCGCCGCAUUGGAAUACUGUGGUGGGUUUAAAUGCCUGCCUUAAUUUACUGUUUGUCUGGAGACAAAGUAUGUAUGAAGGAAGUCUGACUUUGUAGUUUAUAGCUAUUCAAAUUGGCUAUAGGUAUUCAAUUUUUAUGGGCCGACGACUAAGUUGAUAACGCACUAACUUAUAGCGAAUUAUGAAAAAUAAAUGUGGUAACCUCAGACAUGGCUUUUUAUGUUUCUAGUCAGGCUUCUAUUAUUUGCUGUCAGUCUGUUAGACUUUUGUUUCUAAAACAAUAUUUUUAAAUAUUAUGGCAUGUUCACAUUACCUACAGUGCGCGCACGAUAAGUUUGCGCUUGGCUAAAAUCGGAACUGAUCAAAAGUGCCGUCAUAUUGUCGUCUAUCUCUAUCUAUCUCUUGGCGGGUAAAAGAGAUCACUAACGCUGGCAACAUAAUUGCGCCGCCAGUCGCGCGCAGACUUAUCUUGCGCGAACUCUAUUUAAACUAUUAUAGAUACCUGUGAUAAUAUUACAUUUGAUGCUAUGUGGUUAUACGAGUAUCUACUCGUAUGUCUACUAAUAUUUUGAAGCGAAUGUAUUUGUGUAUUUGAUUGUUUAAACUUGCUUAAAAUUAAAAAAAAAUAUAUAUGACUCCUGAGGAGUGACAUUGGCUUACUUUAAAGUGGUAGGGGUAGGGAGAAUUACAGGUGGAGGAUUCUUGUAUACGGCUGUUCUUUGAAAUUGAAAGGUCGCGGACGAAGUCGUGGGCGUCUGCUAGUGUAUUUUAUAUUUUCACUAAUUAGUUUUAUUUUAUUCUCAGCUUAAGUAAUUAUGAGUUUUAUUACCUUGAGAUAUGUAGAUUGUAGGUAUUGCGUAUGAUUUGUAUAAAUGCUUAUUUUUCAAUACAAACUGUGAGAGAAAUAUAGAAUUAAAACUA